GGGAUGAGCGAGUCGCUGCUCGGAGCCGCGCUGACACGGACGUGGCCCGUCGCUCGCUGAUCGAGUAAAGACUCGCGCAUCGUCAUCCGAAAAGUGAUGAGCGUCGAGCGAGGCGCCAGCUAGUUCGGUGCUUCUUGUUUUCAUUUAUUUACUAAGUACCGCGAGGAUGUGGAAGAGUGGGCCGGGCGUCCGUGUACUGGAAUCGUGACGAAGGCGUGCGAGGAUUGCCGUAUAGAGACUCGUGCCGCAGCGAACCUAGGACAAGCGCUUCAAAAUGCUGGAACACUACACGACGCUGAUGCAGAACUCGCUGAACGCGGUGUCGGAGGUGUCGAUAAGCCCGGCCCUCUCCGCGGGACCUCCAAUUGCAUGCCGACAAGCGGUUAACAAUAACGUGGGCGAGGGCACGAUCUCGGUGAAGCAAGAGUCGAACCUGAUGGAGGGCGUCUGCGCCAAUUGCGGCCGGGGCAUCGCCGACAAGUACGUGAUGCGAGUGAACGAGCGCAACUACCACGAGACCUGCCUCUCCUGCUGCGAGUGUUCGGCGCCCCUCUCGCACGUCUGCUACGCCCGGGACUGCAAGUUCUACUGCAGGGCCGACUACCAGCGCAUCUACGGGGCCAAGUGCGCGCGCUGCCGGCAGAAGAUCGAGUCGAACGAGCUGGUGAUGCGGGUGCCGAACUGCAGCCAGUCGGCCCUCAACGGCCCGGUCUUCCACGUCGACUGCUUCGUUUGCUGCAUCUGCGGCGACCAGCUGCUCCGGGGCGCCCACUACAUACUCCGGCACGGCCUGCCCCUCUGCAAGCGCGAGUUCCAGAACGACAUCUACAACAUGAACAGUCCGCAAGACGACGACCUGCUCGACGACAGCAGACCGAGGGACGGCAGACGCGGCCCCAAGAGACCCAGGACGAUCCUCACCUCCGUUCAGAGGCGCCAGUUCAAGGCCUCCUUCGAGAUCUCGCCCAAGCCCUGUCGCAAGGUGCGCGAGGCCCUGGCCAAGGACACGGGACUCAGCGUCCGGGUCGUGCAGGUCUGGUUUCAGAAUCAGCGCGCCAAGAUGAAGAAGCUCCAGCGCAAAGCCAAGACCGAGCCCGGCUCCGACAAGGAGCCCAAGGAGGAGCGAAAGCCCGAGAGCCCGCACAGCGAUCACAGUCACUACAUGAACGCGAUGAUGCGAGACGGGGAGUCGUCCAACUUCCCCUCGGCGACGCAGCCGCUCAAUCCCAACAAUCCCUAUUCGCCUGACGGUACGUAUCCAGACGCAUACCCAGGCCACUCGGGCGACAGCUACUGCAGCAGCGACAUAUCGAUCGACGGGACGGAAGCUGCGUUCGAGCUCGGCGGCGAGAGCGAGAGUGGCGCCGGUCCUGACGGCAGCCACCAGGGUGGCUCGCACUCGCAUCACGCACCCGGUGGUGGCAACGGCCCUGGCGGGCCAGAGAUGCCGACUCUGUCCCAGAGCCUCCACUCGACCAUGCACAAUCCCAUCGACAAGCUCUUCAUGAUGCAGAGUAGCUACUUCAGCAGCGCCGAUCAUCCGUAAAGGGCUACUGCUCUCCACCCUCUGACCCUUCAACCCAUCACUAUCGCAUAUACAUAUAUAUAGAGAUCUCUAUUUUUCCUCGGCAUCUUACAGUCUAUCGUUGUGUACAUUGCAUUGAUUAUUAUCACGAUUAUUAUUCUAUACUGUACGGUUAAGCUACGAUAGUCGACAAAGAAGCGCGCACCCGCCAGACCCUCUCACGCCGGCGGGUACUUGCUUUUCCAACGUCAAGAUGUGUAAUUAUACCAAAGAUUAUUCCGAAUUUAACAAUCAUAAAUGUAGUCAUAUAAUUCGUGAAUGAGUUGUCGCACGCAUUCGCAGUGAUACGUUUACGGGAUUUCGUUUUCUUUGUAUUAUUUGCAACUUCGUCAUUCGGACUAAGUUUUUUCUCUUCGCGUAUAUCUCAGGAAUGGCUCAUUUAUUUCGUGGGCUUAAGGAUUCCGGAGACGUUAGGAAUACGCAAAGUAUAGUUACGUGGAAAUCGAGUAAAGUCGAUGAGAAAAAAAAUUGUUAACUAAUGAAGUCGAAAAAAGUAAUACAUAAGUUGUAAAAAUAAACCGCGCUUAAGUGAAUCCUUAAGACUACACAAGUUGUAAAAAACAUCAAAGAAAGUGUUUAAGAAUAGCUUUAUAUAUAUACAUAUAUAUAUAGUAGACUAAAAAUGCGUCUAUAAAAUUGUAAGAACGAGUUAUUUGUUUAUUUAUCCACCUUAUUAUUUAUUAUAUCGAAUCUAUGAAUUAUAAAAUUAUAAAUUAUCGCUAUUCGAUAUCAUGAAUGCAUUAGAAUUAUUGUCAUUGUCAAUAAACAUGUCAUCGUUAAAGCAUAUGCAUUGGUGAACGUAAAAAAACGAGUUUUAAACGCACGCAGUUCAAAUCUGUCGUUUGACGAAAUGUAAAAAGAUUGCCUUGGCAGAAGAAUUUCAAGACAAACUGGCGCGAACGCAACUUAAGCUCGCGCGGCAAUUUAUACAAACAACAUAGAAUAAAACGUUUGAUUCACUUAUCAAAAACACGCA